AACGAACGUCACAUACAUGAAUUGUUUACAAAUUGCACUUUCGAUGCAUUUUAUUACAUAAUUCGCGUCAUGUCGGCUCUCAAUUUCAGCAAAAUUAGUCAUUUAAUCGUCACGGGAGCUUCUCGCGGCAUCGGACGAGCUCUUGCAAUCGAAUUUUCACGAAAACUUCCUUCUGGAUCUCGCAUUUCAAUUGCCGCUCGUGACUCGGAACGUCUUGAAACCGUAAAAAACGAGAUUUUGAGUUGCAAUUCGAAGGUCGAUGUCGUUCCCCAUGCUUUGGAUCUCGGAAAUUGCUCUUCAAAAGACUUACGGGCAUUGUGCAACGCUCAAAACGGGAGUUCAGAACAAGGAAUAAUCAUCCAUAAUGUCGGUACAACGGGAGAUGUCAGCAAAAAAGCGAAGGAUUGUAACGAUUUGAGUGAAUGGGAGACAAAUUUCCGGCUAAAUGUGUUCAAUGUCGCCUUGCUAAACAACAUUUUCAUGCAAGAGUUCAAGGAAAAACGGAAAUUCGUGUAUAAUUUAUCGGCGAAAGCUGCUUUUGUGCCGUUUGAGAGCUUCGGGAUUUAUUGUCCGAACAAAGCGGCGCGUCACAUGUACUUCAAAGUACUCGCGGAAGAGGAAAAACGCGACAAAAACCUGACAAUUUUGCAAUUUUAUCCGGGUCCCGUUGACACAGACAUGCUCGCGAACAUGGAAACGCACAGUUGUAGUCCAAUGUUGCGAAAUUUCUUCAAAGCCGGCAAAGCAAAGAACCAAAUUUCGUCGCCCGAGACAACAGCAAAGCAAUUUCUCGAGAUUUGCGAAAAAGGAAACUUCAAAUCCGGGGACUUUAUGGACUAUCAUGCCGCAAAAAUCGAUGUUAAAGUGUAA